AUGGCAUGUCGCCGGUUUGUCAAUCAGCAGGUACAAAUUAGAUCAGGAGCGAGAUUCAUGUCGUCGUGGUGGCAGAGCGUUGAACCUGCACCUAAGGAUCCCAUUCUAGGUGUAACUGAAGCUUUUCUUGCCGAUCCCAGUCCUGAAAAAGUCAAUGUUGGAGUUGGUGCGUAUCGAGAUGAUAAUGGAAAGCCCGUUGUUCUGGAAUGCGUCAGAGAAGCUGAGAGGAGGAUCGCCGGCAACUUGAACAUGGAGUAUCUUCCUAUGGGAGGGAGUGUGAAAAUGGUGGAAGAAACAUUGAAGCUGGCAUAUGGAGAGAAUUCUGAGUUUAUCAAAGAUAAAAGGAUAGCUGCAGUGCAAGCUCUAUCUGGUACUGGUGCAUGCCGACUUUUCGCAGACUUUCAGAAGCGCUUUCGUCCUGAUUCCCAGAUCUUCAUACCAGUCCCGACAUGGUCCAACCAUCACAACAUCUGGAGAGAUGCUCAGGUCCCUCAAAGGACUUAUCAUUACUACCACCCAGAAUCCAAAGGUUUAGAUUUUGCUGCCCUGAUGGAUGACAUUAAGAAUGCUCCCAAUGGCUCAUUCUUUCUACUUCAUGCCUGUGCACAUAAUCCUACUGGGGUUGAUCCAUCAGAAGAACAAUGGAGAGAGAUCUCGCACCAAUUCAAGGCUAAAGGUCAUUUUGCCUUCUUUGAUAUGGCAUAUCAAGGAUUUGCUAGUGGUGAUCCAAACAGAGAUGCAAAGUCCAUUAGGAUUUUUCUCCAGGAUGGUCAUCAUAUUGGUAUUUCCCAAUCAUAUGCAAAAAAUAUGGGACUCUAUGGCCAGAGAGUAGGAUGCCUCAGUGUGCUUUGUGAAGAUGAGAAACAAGCAGUGGCUGUAAAGAGUCAAUUGCAGCAAAUUGCAAGACCUAUGUACAGCAAUCCUCCUGUUCAUGGUGCACUUAUUGUGUCAACUAUCCUUGGAGAUCCCGAGUUGAAGAAAUUGUGGCUCCAGGAAGUGAAGGUAAUGGCUGAUCGCAUAAUUGGAAUGCGAACUAUGCUACGAGAAAACCUUGAGAAGUUGGGUUCGCCUUUGUCAUGGAAGCACAUCACUGAUCAGCAUACUGCUUAUUGCAAACAGAUUGGCAUGUUUUGCUAUAGUGGGAUGACACCUGAACAAGUUGACCGAUUGACAAAAGAAUUUCAUAUCUAUAUGACCCGUAAUGGUCGAAUAAGCAUGGCAGGUGUUACUACCGGCAAUGUUGGAUAUUUGGCAAAUGCUAUCAAUGAGGUCACGAAGCCUGCCUAA